AUGGAGCCGAAAUUCAUUCUCCUUCUCCUCCUGCAUUUUUCCACUGUCGCAAAGUCGGCCUACAAUGUAGUGGACUUCGGCGCAAAGCCCGAUGGGAGGACUGACUCUACCAAGGCCUUCUUAGCUGCAUGGGCCGAGGCCUGUGGUGACAAAAUUCCGGCCACAAUGGUGGUACCUAGCGGGCCUUUUUUAGUAGGCCGGGCUUUGUUUCAAGGUCCGUGUAAAAAUGACAAGAUUGGGCUUUUCAUAAAGGGCACUAUACUGGGCAAAACUGGCUAUUCCACCGCGUCGGAGUGGAUCACGUUUAAAUAUGUGAAGGGGCUUUCCAUUUACGGCGGCACCUUCAAUGCUCGAGGCCAGUCGCUCUGGGCCUGUAAGGCUGCGGGCCGCAAUUGCCCCAAUGGAUCCACGGCAUUGACGAUCAGCCAAGCAAAGAACGUGUUGUUGAGCAAAGUAAAGGUCCAAAAUAGCCAGAAUUUCCAAAUCGCAAUCAUAUUCAGCCAAGAAAUAAAAGUGGAAGGGGCGACGAUCACCGCACCAGGCAAUAGCCCUAACACAGACGGAAUUCACAUCCAUAUGUCGAGCUUCAUCACCAUCACCGGCUCCACAAUGGCCACCGGCGAUGAUUGCGUCUCUCUCGGUGAAGGUGUUUCCAAUGCUUGGAUUGAGAACAUCAAAUGCGGCCCAGGCCAUGGAAUCUCGAUCGGAAGUUUAGGUGAUGGCACAGAAACGACGAUGGUACAGAAUGUGACAGUGAGCUCGGUGGUUUUCACAGGAACACAGAAUGGAUUUAGGGUUAAGACAUGGGCGACUCCUUCAUCUAAGGGGUUUGUGAGAGGCGUUACUUUUGAGCAUGGCACUAUGAAGAAUGUAGGGAAUCCCAUUAUGAUCGAUCAAAACUAUUGUCCGGUUCCUGGCAAUUGCCCUAAUGAAAGCUCUGGAAUAAAGAUAAGUAAGGUGACAUUUAGUGAUGUGCAUGGGACUUCUUCAACACAAGUGGCAGUGAAUCUGGACUGUAGCAAGAGCAACCCUUGCCAAGGGAUUCAACUUACCAAUAUAAAACUGAGUUAUAAGAGGAAAAAUCAUGAAUUGGCUAAGUCAUUUUGUAGGAAUGUGAAGGGAAAGAAUUCCGGCUUUGUUGUCCCUCCUAGUUGCCUUUGA